CAAGCCCAUCAACCACGCGGGACAGAGAGUUCUCUCUGUUUGGUUUUCUCCUCCUCCUCCUCCUCCUCCUCUUCAUCCUUCCCAGGCCGCUAGGUCUUUCCGUCCAAACGCCGUCGAUGAGCUUCCGCACGACGAAACAGGCAUCCGGAUUCUGAUAUCGAGAGGAAUCAUCGAUGAUAAAAUGCUCUCGAGAACGACCUCUUCUUCUCCCUCGAUAGCCCCUUCAAGUCCUGUUUUUUACCUCCGUCUAUCGCCAUGUCCAGACUUUUGAUGUUUGCAAGUAUUAGGAGAGGGGCACAGUCUCUUGUGAAAAGCCAGCAAACAGGCCAUUCAGAAUUAAGGAAUUAUGGAACAGCUAUCACUGUUGGACUUCGGUCGCCCCAAUAUAGAGCAUACUCUCAUUAUGGAUUUCACCAUGGAGGAAAUUCUUCAUCUUUAUUGCAUGAUGCCAAGGAAGGGUUGUCCCAUAGUUCUUUCACGAGCAGUGCAGUGAUUCAUCACACAUGUGUUGCUUGGAAAAGGUUUACUCGCCACUGUUCUGCCAGUGGACGAAGUUUUCCUCACAUAAGCAGGAUUGCCCAAGCAGUGAGCUUGGGAUUGUCCCGCUCACACCUUGUAGUUCCUGGGAUUUUGGCCUUGACAUGUGGAGAAAUGGCAUUGGCACAGAAAACAGAAGCAGAAACAGUCCGUUUCCCAUCACAGAAUUCUUUAUACAUCCGUGCGCAAGAUGGACAUGCAUAUGUAAUCUCUUUACUAUUUUCAGCAGUAGAAGGUCUUAUCUUGAUGAUGAGGGCUCUCUAUCUUGCAGUAUUAUUCUCUCCUGGCAUAGUGAUGGCACCCUUUGCCGACCGUUGUGGACCUCAGUUUAGGAACAUGUGGCUUCAGGUUGUUCACCGUACGCUGGAAAUGGCAGGUCCAGCAUUCAUAAAAUGGGGUCAAUGGGCAGCAACACGGCCUGAUCUCUUUCCGAGGGAUCUGUGCACCAAACUUUCAGAGCUCCAUAGUAAAGCUCCUGAACAUAACUUUGCCUACACAAAGAAAACUAUUGAAAGAGCAUUUGGCCGCAGGCUUUCUGAAAUUUUUGAUAGUUUUGAAGAGGCACCUCUUGCAUCUGGAAGUAUUGCUCAAGUACAUCGGGCUUCUUUGAGAUUCCGUUAUCCUGGUAAACAGCAGCUGAAGCCCAUGGUAGUUGCUGUAAAGGUUAGACAUCCAGGUGUUGGUGAGUCCAUUAGGAGAGACUUUGUGAUAAUCAACACCGUAGCAAAGAUAUCAAACUUCAUUCCAACUUUGAAGUGGUUGAGAUUGGAUGAGAGUGUCCAGCAAUUUGCAGUUUUUAUGAUGUCUCAAGUUGAUCUUGCCAGGGAAGCUGCCCAUUUGAGCCGUUUCAUUUAUAAUUUCCGUAGAUGGAAGGAUGUUUCUUUUCCUAAGCCUGUGUAUCCACUUGUGCAUCCUGCUGUUUUAGUGGAAACUUAUGAACAGGGGGAAAGCAUUGCCCACUAUGUUGAUGCACUUGAAGGACAUAAUCGGAUUAAGACUGCUCUGGCUCACAUUGGGACCCAUGCACUUUUGAAGAUGCUUCUGGUGGACAACUUUAUCCAUGCUGACAUGCAUCCUGGAAAUAUCCUUGUCCGGGUGACUCAAAGCAAGUCUUCUCAAAAGGGGCUCUUCAAAUCAAAGCCUCAUGUCAUUUUCCUUGAUGUAGGCAUGACUGCUGAGCUUUCUAAAAGCGAUCGUGUAAAUUUACUGGAAUUUUUUAAGGCCGUUGCCCGUCGAGAUGGCCGCACUGCUGCAGAAUGCACACUAAGACUAUCACAGCGGCAAAACUGCCCAAAUCCAAAGGCUUUUAUUGAGGAAGUAGAAGAAGCAUUUACUUUCUGGGGAACUCCAGAGGGUGAUCUAAUCCAUCCUGCUGAAUGUAUGCAAGAUUUGCUUGAGAAAGUCAGACACCAUAAAGUCAAUAUUGAUGGCAAUAUAUGCACUGUACUGGUCACAACUUUGGUUCUUGAGGGUUGGCAAAGGAAGCUCGAUCCAGGAUACAAUGUGAUGCACACAUUACAGACACUGCUACUUAAAGCUGACUGGGCAAAAUCUCUUGCCUAUACAAUUGAGGGGCUCAUGGCUCCUUGAUGCAUCCGGAGUAUGUUUUGCUGAAUGGCAUCUGCCAAACAACCAGAGUCUCUAGGAUCAUAUGUUGCCGGUCCUGAAAAACAAUUUUGACAGCUACAAAUCCUAGGAGACUAGGAUACACUAAUCCUAAAUAAUAACGUGAACAUUUCAUUUUUUUUUUUGCCUCGAAAUUUUGAGCAACGUGAAGUUUCCAUUCACCAAUCUGUAAUUAUGUUGUUAUUUACCACAAUUCAUUACUGUAAUAUCUAGAUCUCAAAUUUCACAUUUCACAGGCAAAGGCAAUGAAAAAGAAGGGACAAACAAGAAAUAAACUCUUUGGCCAAGGAAAGAUAUGUAUUGUGUAAGAGUUUUUCUCUCUGGCCAAGGAAAGAUACAUAUUGUUUGGGGUUUUUUUUUAAUGUGACUUGGAUAUGGUAAAUGUAUUUUUUUUUCAUUAAUUUACAUUAAAAAAUAAAAGUUUAUCUUAAUU